ACUCACUUUUAUCCAUACUCUCAACCAACUUACUUUCUCUCUUCAUUUUCACUAUCAAACAUCUCCUCUUUCAAUUUAUUAAUUUUUUUUUUGGAGUCAUCAUAAUUAUCAUCAAUGGCUUGCUUGGAACUCUCUAAAGAGGUGAAAGGAAAAGAAGAAGAUUGUACUAAUGAUGGAACUGUUGAUUUUUAUGGAAUGCCUGCAAACAAAGCAAAAACUGGAAAAUGGCUAGCUGGAAUUAUGCUUCUAUUGAAUCAAGGUUUAGCUACUCUCGCGUUUUUUGGUGUUGGAGUGAAUUUGGUGUUGUUCCUAACAAGAGUGCUGCAACAAAACAAUGCUGAAGCUGCGAAUAAUGUGAGCAUAUGGACGGGCACUGUCUACAUUUUCUCUCUUCUUGGCGCGUUUCUUAGUGACUCUUACUGGGGAAGAUUCAAAAGUUGUGCCAUUUUUCAAGUCAUCUAUGUAACUGGAUUAGUACUGUUAUCACUGACGACACAGCGUUACUUGCUCAAACCGGAAGGUUGUGGGGAACGAGAAAUUUUAUGUGGAGAGCAUUCAAGCAUGGAGAUCAGUCUAUUCUAUGUCUCUGUAUACAUGAUUGCUCUCGGAUACGGAGGCUACCAACCUAACAUUGCUACAUUUGGAGCUGAUCAGUUCGAUGCACGUGAUCCUAGGGAGAAACAAUCGAAACUAGCCUUCUUCAGCUACUUCUACCUAGCCCUAAACCUUGGUUCGCUUUUCUCCAACACUGUUUUAGACUACUUUGAGGAUGAAGGAAAAUGGGCUCUUGGUUUUUGGGCGUCUGCUGCGUCUGCUUUUGCUGGUUUGGUUCUCUUUCUUGGAGGCACCGCGAAGUAUAGGCAUUUCAGGUCUAGUGGCAAUCCUAUAAUCAGGUUUUCUCAGGUUAUAGUCGCUGCAUCGAAGAAAUGGAGUGUAGAGACACCAGAGAAUGAAGACGAGUUAUAUGAAGGCAAUGAUGAGAGCGAUAGAAAAAUGCUACAUACUCAUGGUUUCAGAUUCUUGGAUAGAGCGGCCCUGAUUACAUCCAAAGAACAGGACCAUGAGAAGAAUCGCAACCAAUGGCUCCUCUGCCCUGUUUCACAAGUUGAAGAGGUUAAGUGCAUUUUAAGGCUAUUGCCAAUUUGGCUAUGUACUAUAGUUUACUCAGUAGUGUUUACUCAGAUGGCGUCAAUCUUUGUUGAGCAAGGUGACGCCAUGAAAACUAGCAUCGGGAACUUCAGGAUUCCUGCUGCUAGUAUGUCUACCUUCGACAUCAUGAGUGUAGCAGUAUUCAUAUUCCUGUAUCGUCGAGUCCUUGAUCCUAUAGUCAAAAACAUUAAAAAAAUAAAGGGUGAGGGUCAAGGGAUAACUCAGCUUCAACGGAUGGGUAUUGGACUAGUGAUAGCUGUAAUGGCAAUGCUUUCAGCAGCAAUUGUGGAGUGCUACAGGCUCAAGUACGCGAAAAAAGAGUGCAGACAUUGUGAAGGGUCAAGUUCACUGAGUAUCUUUUGGCAGGUUCCUCAGUACUCUUUGAUAGGAGCUUCAGAAGUGUUCAUGUACGUAGGUCAGCUGGAGUUUUUCAACGAGCAAGCACCGGAGGGUCUCAAGAGCUUCGGAAGUGCAUUGUGUAUGACGUCGAUAUCACUGGGAAACUACGUGAGUAGCUUACUAGUGAGCGUUGUGAUGAAGAUUUCAACAACUGAUAACAUGUCUGGAUGGAUCCCAGGUAACCUCAAUGAAGGUCAUUUAGACAGGUUUUACUUUCUUUUAGCUGGCUUGACAAUCUUAGAUUUAGUUGCUUUCAUAGCCUGUGCCAAGUGGUAUAAGGGUAUAAAGCAUAGUGGCGAAAUGAAUCAACAAGUAAAGGAAGAUGAUAAAUGUGAAGUUUAAUGUAACUUUCUCAUAUUUCUUUAGGCAUAUUUGCCACAUUAAAAUAAAUAAGAGGAUGAACUAUAUCUCCUCAACUUUUGUACA